AUGGAGAAGAAUCAAUCUUGUAUUAUUGGAGUCGAUGUCGGUGGAACGAAUACCGAUGCAGUUAUUAUUCGAGAAGGAAAUGUUUUUGCAUGGGCUAAAAGUCCGACUUCCGAUAAUGUCACUACUGGUGUCAUCAACGCAAUUACAACAUGCAUCAAUAAGGCUCAGGAUAAACUAACAGACAUCGCCUUGACAAAUUCUAUCUGCAGGAUUAAUAUUGGCACUACUCAUUUUAUUAAUGCUGUUAUACAACGUCGAUCGUUAGCAAAAGUUGCUAUUAUCAGGCUGUGUCGGCCAGCUUCGACAACUCUACCCCCAUUUUCAGAAUUUCCUCAAGAUUUAGAAGCUUGUAUCAAUGGUGGCAUUUACAUGGUGAAAGGUGGCUAUGAAUUUGAUGGAAGAGCCAUCUCAGAAAUUGAUACUGAUGAAAUUAAACAUUGCAUACAAGAUAUCAUGGAUCACAAUAUCAGAAAUAUCGUUGUAUCUGGUGUUUUUUCGCCUGUCAAUCCACAACAAGAAAAAGAUUGUGCAUCAAUUAUUCAUCAAAUUUUUCCACAUUGCAGCAUUACAAUGUCACAUACUAUUGGCCAUAUUAGCAUUCUAGAAAGAGAGAAUGCUGCUAUCUUAAACGAAAGUUUAAAACCUCUAUGUUAUCAUACAAUUAAUGCAUUCCGCCAAGCACUAUCCGACCUUAACUUUCAAUGUCCAUUCUAUUUAACACAAAAUGAUGGCACAUUAAUUAGCUCUAAACAAGCAAUUCAAUUUCCGGUUCUUACGUUCGCAUCUGGAUCUACUAAUAGUAUGCGAGGAGCUGUUUAUCUGUCAGGUGUUAAAGAUGCAAUUGUUAUCGAUAUUGGAGGUACAUCUGCAGAUGUUGGUACCAUCGUCAAAGGAUUUCCUAGAGAAGCUUCCACACGUAUCCAGGUAGGUGGUGUUAAGACUAACUUUCGCUUACCUGAUGUGCUAAGUAUUGCACUCGGCGGUGGCUCCAUCGUGAAACAAGAGAAUCAGCACAUUACCAUUGGACCCGUUAGUGUUGGUUUUCAGUUAUUACAGAAAGCGCUAGUCUUCGGUGGUGAUACUUUAACUACAUCUGAUAUUGCUGUAGCUGCUGGCUUAGUCGAUAUGGGCGAGAAAUCACGAGUUUCUCACUUGCAGCCAGAACUGAUACAAAAAGCAAUGAAUCAAAUGAAAAUGAUGCUAGAGAAUGCUAUUGAUCAAGUCAAGAUCAGUGUGAGCGAUGUUCCCUUGAUACUGGUUGGUGGUGGUAGUGUCCUAGUUAAUAGUAAAGAUACGAUUCAAGGAGCAUCAACGGUUAAACUACCACCAUAUUACUAUGUAGCAAAUGCUGUUGGUGCAGCUCUUAGUCAAAUCAGUGGUUCUAUCGAUCAAGUCGUUGACUUAGAAUCUGUAGAAAGAGACGAAGCCAUAGAGCAAUGUAAAUCUCAAGCGAUUUCAUUUGCUGUCAAUAAUGGAGCUGAUCCUAGCGCUGUCGAAGUGGUUGAAGUUACCGAGCUACCGGUAACUUAUGUAGCCGGUAAAGCUUUAAGAAUAAAAAUUAAAGCUGUGGGUGACUUAUUAUUAACCGAUACAGAUAAAUUAUCAAACGCACAACCAACCUCAGAAGGUAUGCAAAAUCUUUCUACCGAAAAGAGCGCAAGUAUGAAAGAUAGCGAAAUGGAAUCCGAGCUAACCAUGAAGCCACCGACAAUUGAUCCUAGCACCGGAGAAUGGCUAUUAAAUGAAUGGGAUAUUGAGUGUAUUUCUAUCGGCGCUGGAAUACUUGGUUGCGGUGGCGGUGGUAGCCCUUACAUCGGUCGGUUGCGAGCUAAAAGGGCAUUAAAAGAAGGGAAAAAAAUUCGGGUUAUUAACGCACAUAGACUAGGUUCAAUAACUAAUCAAUCAGGAUAUGCAGUCACAGUUGCAUUUAUGGGUGCUCCACUAAUUGAGUUAGAGAAACUAUCAUCUGGAGAUGAAACGAAGAAUGCAUUAUUAGGUGUUGAAACUUUGUUAAAAGCAAACCUAAUACCUGAUAGAAAUUGUAAUGCACUGCAUCAAGCUGAUAAAGGUAAUAUAUUUAUCACAGGAGCUAAUCUCGAUAAGCCAAUUGUUGAUGCCGAUGGCAUGGGAAGAGCAUUUCCCGAAUUGCAAAUGUUCACACCAACAAUUUAUGGAGAAAAUUCUUGUCCAUGCUGCUUGGCAGAUUGCAAAGGUAACAACGCGAUAUCAUUAUCGUGUAGAUCAGCAAAAGACUUGGAAAAUUUUAUGAGGAAGCAUGUAAUUCAAAUGGGAUGUUAUUCAGGUCUAGCAUUUUGCCCUAUGAAACCUUCAGAAGUCCUAAGUAAAUGUAUACUAGGUUCCAUUAGUAGAAGCCACAGGUUAGGAGAAGCUGUACUGACAGCGAGGAAAAAUGCUUCAUCUCCAGUCGAUGCCAUUCUAGAAAAAGAAGCCGGCAGAUUACUCAUUACCGGAAAGGUCUGCGAUGUUAAUCGGAUGAUUAGUGGUGGGUUUAUUACAGGACUAAUUAAAAUUCAAGGUUUUACGCAAUGCGAGAAAUUGGAUGUCGAAAUUGAGUUUCAAAAUGAGAAUUUAUUAGCAAGAUCGAUCUCGGCAGGAAAUAAAGCUCAAAUUCUUGCUUGUGUACCAGAUUUAAUCUCUAUUGUCGAUUCCGAUACUGGUGAACCUAUCACAACCGAUAAUAUUAAAUAUGGUCUUCGAGUUUCCGUUAUGGCGAUACCAUGUGCAUCAUUACUAAGGAAGCCCGAAGCACUAAAAGUUGUUGGGCCGCAAGCAUUUGGAUAUGACCAAUCUGUUCAAUAUCAACCUAUGCCUGAAAUGAUAGAAACACCUCGUAUUCUACCUCUUCCUUAA